UUAUACAAACUGAGCUGCCUCUGGCCCCUCCCAUGCAGAGCGUCCACGGGAACUGGACCAGCAGAAGGAAGAAGUAUGGAGUUAAAGACUGCAGCUUGAACUGAAAAACCCUGGCCAGGCCGCAUGCUGCAGGGAACCCAGUCCAGACCCCAGGAGAGCCCCUCUGCCCCUUCGGACCCCGUCCGUCUCCCAUCUACAAAACGUGGACAUUGGCCCAGUUGACGUGUCUCUACAAAGAGGUACAUAUACCACUGCCCCGUUGCAGGCUGAUCUGGGGAGGCCUCCGGCCCAGGGCAGAUACCGCCAUGGCCCUCCUCAUGCACCUGCUGGUCUGCAUCUUCGGAAUGGGCUCCUGGGUGACCAUCAAUGGGCUCUGGGUAGAGCUGCCCCUGCUAGUGAUGGAGCUGCCCGAGGGCUGGUACCUGCCCUCCUACCUCACGGUGGUCAUCCAGCUGGCCAACAUCGGACCCCUCCUGGUCACCCUGCUCCAUCGCUUCCGGCCCAGCUGCCUUUCCGAAGUGCCCAUCAUCUUCACCCUGCUGGGCGUGGGAACCAUCACCUGCAUCAUCUUUGCCUUCCUCUGGAAUAUGCCCUCCUGGGUGCUGGACGGCCACCACAGCAUCGCCUUCUUGGUCCUCACCUUCUUCCUGGCCCUGGUGGACUGCACCUCCUCGGUCACCUUCCUGCCCUUCAUGAGCCGACUGCCCACCUACUAUCUCACCACAUUCUUUGUAGGUGAAGGACUCAGUGGCCUCUUGCCUGCCCUGGUGGCUCUUGCCCAAGGCUCAGGUCUCACUACCUGCGUCAAUGUGACUGAGUUGUCAGACAGCAUACCAAGCCCUGUGCCCACAGGGGAGACUGACAUCACACAGGGAAUUCCCAGAGCUUUGGUGUCCACUCUCCCCAGAACGGCAGCACCGUGGUCCCACCUGGAGACCCGCUACCUCCCCGCCCACUUCUCGCCCCUGAUCUUCUUCCUCUUGCUGUCCUUCAUGAUGGCCUGCUGCCUCGCUGCAUUCUUUGUCCUCCAGCGUCAACCCAGGUGCUGGGAGGCUUCCGUGGAAGACCUCCUCAACGACCAGGUCACCCUCCACUCCAUCCGGCCACGGGAAGAGAAUGACUCGGGCCCCACCGGCACAGUGGACAGCAGCCAGGGCCAGGGACACCUAGAGGAGAAAGGAGCUCCCUGCUGCCCGGCCCACCUGGCCUUCAUCUAUACCCUGGUGGCCUUUGUCAACGCACUCACCAAUGGUGUGCUGCCCUCUGUGCAGACCUACUCCUGCCUGUCCUACGGGCCGGUUGCCUACCACCUGGCCGCCACCCUCAGCAUUGUGGCCAACCCUCUCGCCUCCCUGCUCUCCAUGUUCCUGCCUAACAGGUCUCUGCCGUUCCUGGGGGUCCUCUCCAUGCUUGGGACCUGCUUUGGGGGCUACAACAUGGCCAUGGCGGUGAUGAGCCCCUGCCCACUCCUGCAGGGCCACUGGGGUGGGGAAGUCCUCAUCGUGGCCUCGUGGGUGCUGUUCAGCGGCUGCCUUAGCUACGUCAAGGUGAUGCUGGGCGUGAUCCUGCGUGACCGCAGCCGCAGCGCCCUCUUGUGGUGCGGGGCGGCGGUGCAGCUGGGCUCGCUGCUCGGAGCGCUGUUCAUGUUUCCGCUGGUAAACGUGCUGCGGCUCUUCUCGUCUAAUGUUUUUCAGGAUGUUGGUGACCAACUGAGCAAAGAGACGCUGCAGGAAAAGGAGAAACAGCUCUUCCUCCCUCCCAGGCCAGCAGGAAGCAAAUCCCGGGAAAUGCUGUGA